UUGCGUUGUGUUCCAUGAAGGAUUUCAACUUGGCACAAGAGACCUGCCAGUUGGCAAUCAGAGAUGUUGGAGGUCUUGAAGUUUUAAUAAACUUACUUGAUACAGAUGAAGUCAAAUGUAAGAUUGGUUCAUUAAAAAUCUUGAAGGAAAUCAGUCACAAUCCUCAAAUCCGUCGUAAUAUUGUUGACCUCGGAGGCUUACCAAUCAUGGUCAACAUACUUGAUUCUCCACACAAGAGUCUGAAAUGUCUGGCAGCUGAGACCAUUGCAAAUGUUGCUAAGUUUCGACGAGCCCGUCGAGCAGUGCGACAGCAUGGGGGCAUCACCAAACUGGUCUCUCUAUUGGACUGUGGCCAUAGUCACGCAGAACCUACUCAGUCAAAUCUGUACGAGACCAGAGACGUGGAGGUGGCCCGCUGCGGAGCUCUGGCACUGUGGAGCUGCAGUAAGAGUCAUGCAAAUAAAGAAGCCAUCCGGAAGGCUGGGGGUUUCCCUCUGUUGGCUCGGCUCCUGAAGACUUCCCACGAGGACAUGCUAAUUCCAGUGGUGGGAACCUUGCAAGAAUGUGCAUCAGAGGAAAACUACCGAGCUGCAAUAAAAGCAGGCAAAAUUAUUGAAAAUCUAGUGAAGAACCUAAAUAGUGCAAAUGAACAGCUGCAGGAGCAUUGCGCCAUGGCCAUCUACCAGUGUGCUGAAGAUGAAGAAACCCGAGACUUGGUUAGGCUGCACGGAGGACUUAAAUCCUUGGCCACUUUGCUCAAUAAUACAGACAAUAAACAACGGUUGGCUGCUGUCACGGGAGCAAUAUGGAAAUGUUCCAUCAGCAAAGAGAAUGUAUCCAAGUUCCGAGAAUACAAAGCCAUCGAAACUUUGGUGGGGCUUUUAACUGAUCAGCCCGAAGAAGUACUUGUGAACGUGGUCGGUGCAUUGGGAGAAUGUUGCCAAGAAUAUGAAAACAGAGUCAUUGUCCGGAAAUGUGGUGGCAUCCAACCACUCGUGAAUCUCCUUGUUGGGGUGAAUCAAGCUCUUCUUGUCAACGUCACAAAAGCAGUUGGUGCUUGUGCUGCAGAUCCUGAAAGUAUGACGAUAAUCGACCGUUUAGAUGGAGUGCGUUUGUUGUGGUCACUGCUGAAAAAUACUCACCCAGAUGUGAAGUCCAGUGCAGCCUGGGCUCUCUGUCCCUGCAUCGAAAAUGCAAAGGACUCUGGAGAAAUGGUCCGUUCCUUUGUUGGUGGUUUGGAACUUGUUGUCAAUUUACUGAAAUCAGAUAAUAAAGAAGUCUUAGCAAGUGUGUGUGCUGCUAUUACUAAUAUUGCAAAAGAUCAAGAAAAUUUAGCUGUUAUUACAGAUCAUGGAGUUGUUCCUUUAUUAUCUAAAUUAGCAAAUACAAAUAAUGAUAAACUGAGACGACAUCUAGCAGAAGCUAUUUCACGAUGUUGUAUGUGGGGCAGAAAUAGAGUGGCCUUUGGUGAACACAAAGCAGUGGCUCCAUUAGUGCGUUACCUGAAAUCACAGGACACGGCUGUGCAUAGAGCAACUGCUCAAGCCUUGUAUCAACUCUCAGAAGAUGCCAACAAUUGCAUCACCAUGCAUGAGAAUGGUGCAGUGAAGAUUAAUGGCUUUGUUUUCAUUCCCCUCUCCUAUUUUAUAUGUGACAGCUUCUGCUGGAUAUGGUUGGAUCUCCGGAUCAGGAUCUCCAAGAAGCUGCAGCUGGUUGUAUAGCCAAUAUCCGCAGACUGGCGCUUGCUACAGAAAAGGCAAGAUACCCCUAAACUCUGA